AUGAGCGCAGCGUUUCGCGUGCCGUUGCGGGCAUUCAAAUUGGAUCCCGCUACGGUGAUCGGACCAACCCCAACAGUCUCGGCCGUCGCGUCCUCAUAUCGUCUGGUCUCCAAAUCGCUGUAUUCCUCUUUGCCGAGCUCUCGUGCUCUUGUAUCUUCGCGUGCAGUGCGACAAUGCCACCCGACCUUGUUCGCCGCUCGGAGACAUUGCUAUUCGACGAGGAGCUCGCCCCUCUUGGCUGCGAAGGCUCAGGGCCAGCAGGAUAACGGGCAGGCACAAUCCAAUUCGAGCCAGCCUCGGCGGAAGGCUGUCAAGUAUGUUGUUGUUGGCGGUGCGCUCGCGGUCGCCGCAGUGGCUUUCUCCGACCAGGGCAAGCAUGCAUACCGUGCGGCGGAGAGAAGCGGACGUGUGGUCGGCACAUUGGCUGUCUGUAUCAACGACUACCGCAUCACCCUCAAGCAAGAAGCCUCGACCCCCGAAGAACACGAAGGACUCAUUCGCGCAUGCCACAAGCGCUGCGCCGAGCGCACCUUGCGCGUGCUGGAGCAGAACGGGUCGAUCUUCAUCAAGCUAGGCCAGCAUCUCAGUAGCAUGGGUUACUUGCUGCCACUCGAAUGGACCACGACUUUCAUCCCGCUGCAGGACAAAUGCCCCGUCUCGUCGAUCGAGUCCAUCAGCGAGAUGUUCCUCGCCGAUACCGGGAAAACCAUCAACGAGCUCUUUACGUCCUUCGAACCCGAGCCCACCGGCGCGGCCUCGCUCGCGCAGGUGCACAUCGCCACGCUCAGGGAAACCGGGCAGAAGGUCGCGGUCAAGGUCCAACACCCGGCGCUGGCGGAGUGGGUGCCGCUAGAUCUGGCGCUUACCCGGUUCACUUUUUCUAUGCUGAAGCGCUUCUUUCCGGAAUAUGACUUGGAAUGGUUGUCGCGCGAGAUGGAUCUGUCGCUGCCGCAGGAACUGGAUUUCCGUAUGGAGGGCGAGAAUGCCACUCGCGCCAGCGAGUAUUUCAAGGCGCAUUCGAAUGUGCCGCUGGUAAUUCCCAAAGUGAUGUGGUCCCAAAAGCGCAUCCUCGUCAUGGAGUUCAUCGCCGGCCGCCGCCCAGACGACCUGGAAUACCUGGACGCCAACCACAUCGACCGAGAUGAAGUGUCAGCGGCGCUGGCUCACAUCUUCAACGAGAUGAUCUUCGGCGAUAACGCGCCGCUCCACUGCGACCCGCACGGCGGCAACAUCGCCAUCCGCCCGAACCCCAGCCGUCGCAACCCGAAUUUCGACAUCAUCCUCUACGACCAUGGCCUGUACCGGAACAUCCCACGCGACCUCCGCCGUAACUAUGCCAAGCUGUGGUUGGCCGUCAUCGAUGCUGAUGUGCCUCGCAUGCGCGAGUACGCGCGCAAGGUUGCCGGCAUCACGGACGAGCAGUUCCCGCUCUUCGCUAGCGCCAUCACCGGCCGCGACUACAGCGUACUCACGAAGAAGAACGUGGUGUCUUCGCGGACCGCAGAGGAGAAAGAGGAUAUCUCCGGUGCAUUGGGUGAGGGCAUGCUGCAGCAGCUAGUGGAGAUGCUAGGCCAGGUUCCGCGCAUUAUUCUGCUUAUUCUCAAGACCAAUGACCUGACCCGCAGCCUCGACGAAAACCUGCAUACCCGUCAAGGACCCAUGCGCACAUUCCUGAUUCUGGCGCGGUACGCCACGCGCACCGUGUUCGAAGAGAACAUGGAAUUCAUCCGCGAGUCCGGCGGCAUCCUGCACUUCUGCAACUUCUUCCGAUUCCUGCGCGCCUGGGCUGGGUUCCUUCGGAUCGAGGUGAAGCUGUCUAUCUAUGAGACACUGCUAUCGCUGAAGAGCCGUCUCGGGUUGCUCAAUGCCUAA